ACUGAAAACACACACUGCUCUCUCUCUCUCUCUCUCUCUCUAUAUAUAUAUACUCCCAUAGCUAUUAGCUAGUUACACUCCUUGUAAUUCCUCCCUCCCUCCCAACUCACAGUCACAUACUCUCUGUACUUAUAUCAGUAGAAAAUGUGCUUCUGCUGAAGCAGAGUUGUUGCAGAGGACAUAUAUCCUCUCAGAUAAUUUCAUAAAUGUUUUUUUGCUUCCAACUUUACCCUUCUCCCUAAUUAACUUACACCCACUGUAAUUUCACUCUCAAAUCUCUCUCUCUCACUAUAUGUAUCACUUGCAGCUGGAUCAGAACUGAGAGCAGAGUACAUAUAUCCCCUCAUUAGUUCAGUUAGUUAUAUAACGGCUUUUUCUUCCCAUUUUACCCUUCCAUUUCUCUCAAAUUUUCAAUUGAGUGCCAUUGAUCCACCUUCAACCAACCAUGAUCUCUUUGAACGAUCUGUACUCCGUCCUGACAGCGGUGGUUCCGCUCUACGUGGCCAUGAUUUUGGCCUACGGCUCGGUCCGGUGGUGGAAGAUCUUCACCCCUGACCAGUGCUCCGGCAUCAACCGCUUUGUGGCCAUCUUCGCCGUCCCUCUCCUCUCAUUCCACUUCAUCUCCACCAAUGACCCAUAUUCCAUGAACCUCCGCUUCAUUGCCGCCGACACCCUCCAAAAGAUCAUCAUGCUGGUGGUGCUGGGACUGUGGGCCAGCUUCACCAAAAAUGGAAGCAUCGAGUGGAUGAUCACUAUAUUCUCCCUCAGUACACUCCCCAACACUCUUGUCAUGGGCAUCCCUCUCUUGAUCGCCAUGUACGGUGAAUUCUCCGGCAGCCUCAUGGUUCAGGUGGUGGUUUUGCAGUGCAUCAUCUGGUACACUCUCCUCCUCUUCCUCUUCGAGUACCGCGGCGCCAAGAUCCUGAUUAUGGAGCAGUUCCCGGAGACCGCCGCCUCCAUCGUGUCGUUCAAGGUGGAGUCCGACGUCGUCUCCCUCGACGGCCAGGACUUCCUAGAGACUGAUGCCGAGAUCGGGGACGAUGGGAAGCUCCACGUCACGGUGAGGAAGUCCAAUGCGUCGAGGAGGUCACUUGGGCUCCCGUCGAUGACCCCUCGGCCGUCAAACCUCACCGGAGCUGAGAUUUACAGCCUGAGCUCCACCCCUAGGGGUUCCAAUUUCAACCAUUCCGACUUUUAUUCCAUGAUGGGGUUUCAGGGUAGGUUGUCGAAUUUCGGUGCCGGAGAUCUCUACAAUUCGUCUAGAGGAGUGACACCAAGGCCCUCCAAUUUUGAGGAGAAUUCCGUCCCCGGAGCUCCGAACAUGAGCUCGCCGAGAUUCGGGUACUUUCCCUCCCAGACUGUGCCGGCGUUUUAUCCUGCACCAAAUCCUGAAAUCUCAUCUACCAUUACUAAAAGCUCCAAAACGAAACAUCAACAGCAGCAACAACAGCAACACAACUCGCAAAAUAAAGCAAACCAUGAUGCGAAGGAGCUUCACAUGUUUGUGUGGAGCUCGAGUACGUCUCCGGUCUCUGAAGGCGGCGGCCUCCACGUGUUCAGCAGCGCCGAUGAACAGAAUGUUAGUGCCAAGGAAAUCAGAAUGAUAGUGCCUGAUGAUCACACUCAAAAUGGGGAAAAUAAAGGAACUGAGGGCUAUGGUGGGGAGAACUUCAACUUCGGUGUGGAUGGGAGAGAGGGAGAUGAGGAUAGAGAAAAGGGGGGACCCACUAACCCUAAACUGGCCGGAGCUCAGGACACCGGUGCCGGGAAACACAUGCCUCCGGCGAGCGUUUUGACACGUCUGAUCUUGAUCAUGGUGUGGCGCAAGCUGAUCAGAAACCCCAACACAUACUCGAGCCUCGUUGGUCUUGUUUGGUCUCUAGUUGCAUUCCGGUGGAACGUGGCUAUGCCAAAAAUAAUAAAGCAGUCUAUUUCCAUACUAUCCGAUGCUGGUCUUGGAAUGGCUAUGUUCAGCUUAGGUUUGUUUAUGGCACUUCAACCGAAGAUAAUCGCUUGCGGGAACUCGGUGGCUACGUUUGCCAUGGCGGUGAGGUUCCUCACCGGACCGGCGGUGAUGGCAGUGGCUUCCUUUGCUCUAGGCCUGCGGGGUGUCCUCCUCCACGUCGCAAUUGUGCAGGCUGCACUUCCACAAGGGAUUGUUCCAUUUGUGUUCGCCAAAGAAUAUAAUGUUCACCCUGCAAUUCUUAGUACUGCGGUUAUCUUUGGAAUGCUGAUAGCUCUGCCAAUCACUCUGGUGUACUACAUUCUUCUCGGAUUGUGAAGCUUAAUAAUGAGCCAAUCAAAUCACACGGGAAAUGAAAAAAAAAAAAAAUUUGGAGAAGAAGAAGAUAAAAUGUCUAUAUAUAUAUAUAUAUAUAUAUAUAUAUAUUGAUGAUUGCAUGGAGAUAUAUAUAUUACUAACCAGAUAUGAAGAAUUUGCGAAGGCUCCAAAGCAUUUGGAAAGGAGGGAUAUUAAAUCCCUAAUACAAGGAUCUUGUCCCUAUUAGAGUAAACAAUUCUCUAUUUGAAGAGUGUUUGGAGCCAAAAAGGAGAGGGAAACGAGGAGAGAAUAUUGGUAGUGGAUUUGUAUUUUUCUUCAUUGCUGUAAUUGGUGUAAAGUUUCAUAUAAAAAAGAGCUCAUCUUUAUUGAUUUAGAUUCAGCAGGAUUGAAAGAUUUAUACAAGUAGAUGAGAAAGUGAAUGGGUUUCUCUUUCUUUUAUUAGGGUUUCUAUUUUUACAGUUUUAAGACUAGUUUGUUUGGAUGUAAAAUAUCUUUUUAAGAAUAUAUUUUUGAUAUUUUGUUGUC